UCAAAAGUCAAAUUCAAAACAAAGCUAAAAAUUUGUAUUUUGUAGCUAAAAAUCAAUAAAGAAGUAUUGUUUCUUAGUUUUACUUUUAACUAUUAUGUAUUAAAAAUGUAUGAUGAAUGUUAAACUCUAAACAAUAAAAAACAUUAGAUCUAUUUGAGUGAACUAUAAUAAUGGUGCGCCGGCAACGUGAACCUAGUUCGACAGAGGACGAUAUUGUAAUCGAUACCUCACCACAAAAGAAGCACAAACGGCACAAACAUAAGAAACAUAAGAAGCGUAAACUCGACAAUGCAUACGACAGCGAUACUUCGAUCGAUGUGGCUUACGAGGACAUCGUAGACAAAUCUUACAAAAUGAAGAAGAGGGACGCGCCGAGCACUUCAGCGGCUGAUCUACUGAAGGCCCAAACAAAGUCAUCUUCGGAUUCUCGCAAAUCAAUUCCUGGCUCAACAUCCAGCACUCCACCUAAAGUUCCACCUAAGAAGAAAAAAGUUAAAGGUCGUGACAGUGGUACAUCUAGUGAGGAGGAACGAUGGCUAGAUGCCAUAAAGUCUGGAAAACUGGAAGAGGUAGAUGAGGAAUUAAAGAAAAUUAAACCAAAGGAUCCUAAAAUGAUGACUGCCAGACAAAGAGCUAUGUAUGAACGGGGCACAGAUAAAGAAACCAUACCAGGAGGUGAAGUUCUGCUUGCAUUACCUUCAGGUUAUAAGGAAAAAGUUAUGACAGCGGAAGCUAUACAAAAAGCUGCAUUGAAAUCUCAAAAAAGAAAACAGUUAGCUGAUGAAAAGAGAGAGAAAGAUAAAAAGAAAACAAUGGAUCGUCUUCUCAAAAAGCAGGAAUCAAAGAAUCUUAAAAAUGCACAGAAAGGCAAACUGCUCAGAAAGCAAGAACCAAUGAUAGUUUAUAAAAAUAAUAACAAUGAAAUAUCACUGUCAUUACCUUUGGGUAUCCCCUUUCCAUUAGAAACUAAACCUCCAAUUGAACCUCCUAAAUUAAUUACAUGUGGUGUAAAUGAAUGUAACAACAUUAAAAAGUAUAAUUGUUCUAAAACAGGUAUACCUUUGUGCAGUUUAGAAUGUUAUAAGAAAAAUUUGCUUUUAAUAAAUGUUUAACAAUAUACAA